UCAUUGCGGUUCGAACCGGCGUCCACGGUUUGCAAUAGUAUGAAACCAAAACUGAACCGUUAAAAAUUCGGCUCAGUUUUAGGGUCAUAUCGGUUCUAACUGAACUUCCGGUUCAAUAACCGACGAACGUUUGGAACCGGGUGAGGGAGACUGGUUCAUCAAACUAAUAAGAAAAUAAUGGCGCUCGACGGGUACUUCAAAAAAAUUCAACAGCGAAAAUUGUACAGUGGAGAGAGGAGAAAGAAUAGCAUGGGCGAGUCAUUUAUCUUCACUCCUCCUCAGGCAACUGAGCUAUCUCUCCGAAGUCAGAUCGAGAACCUGAGAAAAGUUGAUGAACUUGUGGAUCUUGGUCCCGAGGAGAAGAAUUUUCUAAACAACCUCACUAGCGAGCUUGAGAGCAAAAUUGAUUCGGUUUACUCGGAGUGCUCUUCGAAUUUCAGUGUGUUACAGAAUAAUGACGUUGAUGAAAUUUUGUUGCAAUUAAAGAAAGAGCUGGGUGAAGUGGAGGCUGAAAGUGCGGACCUUGAAUGUGAAAUUGAGGAACUUCAAAAGAGAAAUGUGGAAGAGGUUGAUAAAUUGCAGAGUCAGCUGGAGAAAUUAUGCUGGUCAUUGGAUAUUGAAUGGCAGAAGUCAGAGAAGGCAAAGGAGGGCAUAGACAUAGAGACCUUUCAUAUUCUAGAUGAUUUGGUGGAAUCUGAUUCCAAAUUUAAGUUGCUAGAAUUGAGUCACCAGAUUGAGAAGAACAGGACAAAUCUAAAGUCACUGCAGGAUCUUGAUGCUGUUUUCAAAAGGUUUGAAGCUGUUGAGAAAAUUGAGGAUUCAUUGACAGGUGUCAGAGUUAUUGAGAUUGAAGGAAACAGUAUCAGAUUGGCCUUGAAGACAUAUAUUCCAUUUUUAGACAGUGUUCUACGCCAGCAAGGCAUAGAAUGUGUGAUUGAGCCAUUGGAAAUAAACCAUGAAUUGAUAAUAGAAUUCAUAGAUGGAACCUUGGAACUAAACAAUGUUGAGAUUUUCCCAAAUGAUGUACACAUUGAUGAGUUUAUUAAUGCUGCAAAGUCCUUCAGGCAGCUUUAUCCAACAUUCUCUAUCAUCAAGACCAGGUCCACCUUGGAGUGGUUUGUGAGAAAAGUGCAAGAAAGGAUGGCUCUUUCGACAGUCAGACGAUUUGUGCUAAAAAACUCUGAUAACUCAAGACAUUCACUUGAGUACCUAAAUAGAGAUGACAUGAUCGUAGCUCAUAUGGUGGGUGGGAUCGAUGCAUUUAUAAAACUUCCGGAAGGGUGGCCUUUAUCAAAUAUGGCUUUGAAACUGACAUCGCUAAAGAGUACAAGCCAUUCUCAAGAAAUUUCAUUGAGCUUCAUUGGGAAGGUUGUGGAAAUGGCGAACUCUUUAAAUCCUGACUUACUCCACAAUGUCUCCUUCUUCACCAACAGUAUUGAAGAGAUACUCAUGCAACAAAUGCGAUUGGAACUCCAGCCAAACAGUAAGCGCCACGGUGAAUGAAUGAUUUUGUGAGCCACAACUUGGUAAGAGUUAAGUUAGAUGGAUAUAUUCUGAACUACUGUUGUGUCUAAGUUAAGUUGGUUGAAGUUUUUUUAGUCUGCAUAUGAGUAUAUGAUUAUGCCAUUAGACCUGUUGUUAUUGUUGAUAUCUGUUUGGUAUAUACAACACCUAAUUGUGUAGACAUUUAGUUGGGGGAUAUGAUAUUGCUCAAAAUUUAAU